AAAAUAAAUAAAUAUAAAAGAAAAAAAUCUUUAAAAAAGGAAAAAAAGUCUCUCGAGGCAAUUCUGACCACGCCGCAAACCCCCGUAAAGCAGCGUCGCCGCCAGAAGAAGCCACGUGCGCGGGGGACCCGGCGGCGCGCACCUGCUGCAGCACCAGGACGCGGGUUCGAGGCCAGGCCUCCGGCUGCGGGGGGUGAUGGGGCGGAAACUUGGCGAGGGCUGCAGGUGUCACUCUGUCUCGCUUCUUCUCCAUCUCCCUCUCCCUCUCCCCUCCGGCUUUCUGUCUCCACCCAAAUAAAUAAAUCAAAUAUUGAAAAGAAAAGACAAGUCUGCAAGUCUGCCAGCGCCGCAGGGGGAGCGCUUUGCUGGGCAAGACCGUGACUCAUAAACCUCCCGAGUGUGGAAGCCGCACGCCCCCCCAGGCGGCUCCAGAUGGCCGUCCUUCUGUCCUUCCGCGACCCACGCGGCUGCCAGGGGCGGCUCGGCCCGCAGCCAGGGGGCGGGGCCAAGGGCCGCGACGCGGUGACGUCACGGCGCAGGACACGCCCCGCACGUCGUCCGGCGAGGAGCUGGGCCGCCGGUGGCAGCUGCCGCGGGCUCGGCCGUCCCGCCCCGCCCCGCCCCGCCCCGCCCCUGCUCCUCCGCCCGCGGCCCGUCCGGCUGUGACAUGGUGCGGUCGGAGCGGCCCAGCUGAGCGUCGUCCGGCGGCGAGCGCGGCUCGGGGUCACCAUGCCCACCCGCGUCUGCUGCUGCUGUUCUGCGUUGCGUCCUAGAUACAAACGCCUGGUGGACAACAUCUUCCCGGAAGACCCCAAAGAUGGUCUUGUUAAAGCUGACAUGGAGAAAUUGACCUUUUAUGCAGUAUCUGCUCCAGAGAAACUGGACCGAAUUGGUGCUUACCUGGCAGAAAGGUUGAGCAGGGAUGUUGUGCGACAUCGUUCUGGGUAUGUUCUGAUUGCCAUGGAAGCACUGGACCAGCUCCUCAUGGCUUGCCAUUCUCAGAGCAUCAAGCCAUUUGUAGAAAGCUUCCUCCAUAUGGUGGCUAAGCUUCUGGAAUCUGGAGAACCAAAGCUUCAAGUUCUUGGAACAAACUCUUUUGUUAAAUUUGCAAAUAUUGAAGAAGACACACCUUCCUAUCACAGACGUUACGACUUUUUUGUAUCUCGCUUCAGUGCCAUGUGCCAUUCCUGUCACAAUGACCCAGAAAUACGAACAGAAAUUCGAAUUGCUGGAAUCAGGGGUAUUCAAGGUGUGGUUCGCAAAACAGUCAAUGAUGAGCUUCGGGCUACCAUCUGGGAGCCCCAGCAUAUGGAUAAGAUCGUCCCAUCCUUACUGUUCAAUAUGCAAAAGAUAGAAGAGGCAGACAGCCGCACAGGUCCUCCUCCUUCUCCCUCUGCAGCCGACAAGGAAGAGAACCCUGCUGUGCUGGCUGAGAACUGCUUCCGGGAACUGUUGGGCAGAGCCACUUUCGGGAACAUGAACAACGCCGUCCGGCCUGUCUUUGCACAUUUAGAUCAUCAUAAACUGUGGGAUCCCAACGAAUUUGCAGUUCACUGCUUUAAAAUUAUAAUGUAUUCCAUUCAGGCUCAGUAUUCUCAUCAUGUGAUCCAAGAGAUCCUCGGACACCUUGAUGCUCGUAAAAAAGACUCUCCAAGGGUUCGGGCAGGUAUCAUUCAGGUUCUGUUAGAAGCUGUUGCCAUUGCUGCUAAAGGCUCCAUAGGACCCACAGUGUUGGAAGUCUUCAACACUCUGCUGAAGCACCUGCGUCUCAGUGUCGAGCUGGAAGCCAGCGACUCCCAGGCGCCUGCUGGGGGCAGCUCCAGCCUAAGGACAAGCUCCAGAGACAGUGAUGAGAAGAUCGUGCAGAAUGCCAUCAUCCAAACUAUAGGAUUUUUUGGAAGUAACCUCCCAGAUUACCAGAGGUCAGAAAUCAUGAUGUUCAUCAUGGGCAAAGUCCCCGUGUUUGGGACCAGCACCCAUACCUUGGAUGUCAGCCAACUAGGGGACUUGGGAACCAGGCGGAUUCAGAUAAUGUUGCUGAGAUCUUUAUUGAUGGUGACCUCUGGAUACAAAGCAAAGACCAUCGUCACAGCUCUGCCUGGAUCGUUCUUGGAGCCUCUGUUAUCGCCGUCCCUCAUGGAAGACUAUGAACUGAGACAGCUGGUCCUGGAAGUUAUGCACAACCUCAUGGAUCGCCAUGACAACAGGGCAAAGCUGCGUGGGAUCAGAAUAAUACCAGAUGUAGCUGACCUAAAGAUAAAAAGAGAAAAGAUUUGUAGACAGGACACCAGCUUCAUGAAAAAGAAUGGGCAGCAAUUAUACCGGCAUAUAUAUCUGGGCUGUAAAGAGGAAGACAACGUUCAGAAAAACUACGAAUUACUUUACACUUCUCUUGCUCUUAUAACUAUCGAAUUGGCCAAUGAAGAGGUUCUUAUUGAUCUCAUCCGACUAGCCAUUGCUUUGCAGGACAGUGCAAUAGUCAAUGAGGGUGAUCUGUCAAUGUUUCAUCGCUGUGGGAUCAUGGCGCUGGUCGCGGCAUACCUUAACUUUGUGAGUCAGAUGAUAGCGGUUCCUGCGUUUUGCCAGCAUGUGAGCAAGGUUAUUGAAAUUCGAACUAUGGAGGCCCCUUAUUUUCUCCCAGAGAAUAUUUUCAGAGAUAAGUGCAUGCUUCCAAAAUCUUUAGAAAAGCAUGACAAAAAUUUGUACUUUUUGACCAACAAGAUUGCCGAGUCAUUAGGUGGAAGUGGUUAUAGCAUUGAGAGACUGUCUGUCCCAUAUGUGCCGCAAGUAACAGACGAAGAUCGACUUUCUAGAAGGAAAAGCAUCGUGGACACUGUAUCCAUCCAGGUGGAUAUUCUAGCCAACACCAUUCCUUCUGAUGAUGUGGUGAGCAACACUGAAGAGAUCACCUUUGAAGCAUUAAAGAAAGCAAUUGAUACCAGUGGCAUGGAAGAACAAGAGAAGGAGAAGAGACGUCUUGUGAUAGAGAAAUUCCAGAAAGCACCUUUCGAAGAAAUAGCAGCACAGUGCGAAUCCAAAGCAAACUUGCUCCAUGAUAGACUCGCUCAAAUUUUGGAGCUCACUAUAUGUCCUCCUCCCAGUCCAUCAGGAACACUCACCAUCACUUCUGGACAUGCCCAGUACCAAUCUGUUCCAGUCUAUGAGAUGAAGUUUCCAGAUCUGUGUGUGUAUUGAGCCACUCGUGGGGACCUUAGCACAGUUCUCGAAUGCCUAGAAAUCAAGGCCAAACUCUAUUUUCAGGGUUUAGUUAAUAUGUGUUAACAAAUUGCUUUAAAAAUUGAUGGGAAUUAUAUUGAAAUGACCAGCAUACCACUUAGACAUUUUGGAACUCUCUAUGAUUUAUACAGUACUUUCUGAAGAUAGUCAUGCCAUGCUAAUUUCCUUUGAGCUUCCUGUUGUUGACUUUUCAAGUUGAAUAUCACAUUAUUUCACUGGUAAGCAGUAUAGUUUAAGCUUUUCAUAGAGAUUAACCAAAAACAAAACAAAGCCCUGGCGAGGGCUGACAGUGUAUUCCAUUUCACUUUAUUUCUUAAACGUGUGCACAACUGCUUAGAAAGAGUUGCUUUUGUGUUUGAUGAUUUGCAAAAGCAUAUUCAUACGUACAAAUAUUUCUAACUCCCAAGGCUGCCAACUCUUUCGUGGCUUUCUGCCCCUGUUUUCGGUGUUGUGAUAGGCAUUCCUCCAUUCUGUUCCUCUGGAAUAGACUGUGAUAGGCAUCCCGUACUUGUUUAUGGCAAUAACAGUCAUUGAGUAAGAUUCCUCAUAGUUGCCCCUGAAAGUCACCAUACUUUAUAAUGUCUAGUUCUAGCAAUACUGUGUUUCUGCCAAGAGUUUGGCUGUUUUACUUGAGAGACUUAGAGCUUAUUCUUGGAUUACCAAACUGUGCAAUAUUUUUUUACAUCAGAAGAUGUAUUAGUUUACGGAUUAUGCUAUACUAAUAAAAUAUAUUAGUAUUUUGCUGUGACUCUACUAAUUAAAUGAGACCUAUAUAUUUCGUAUAGAAAGAGAUACUUAAAGCAGCUCCUAGUUCACCUGUAAAGAGUAUAUAUGCAUUUUGAUUUAUCUCAUGAGCACAUUAAUUACAUUUUAUUUUAUACUUUGCUUUGAACUCAUUGUAAAAAAAUUUUCCCGAGUGGACACUUAAUUUGUAAAAUAUGAGUCAUGACUUGAGCAUAUCUGUCUUUGGGUUUUGUUAGAUUCCAUUUGGAAGGUGUCUGUUGUUUUAGUAACCAAGUGCCAAAAGUCCUGAGUGUAGGCGUCUACUGAGUGAAGGUACGAGGUUGCAGGCGCUGUGCAUGUGCGCACGCUGACAGGCCCUUGGCGUCUUCUUCAAAGGGAGUGUGUCCUGCCUGUUGAAGUCCACCACUUGGCAACAGUGAGCAACUUUCUUGGAAACUUGCAAAAUGCUCAUAGAAUUCUUAUGUUCUACUUUCAUUGUACUACCUUUACAGAUUUGAUUUCUUUUCACAGAAUAUAUACAUAUACAUAUAAAAAAUUGUGGCCCAAAGAGACAUUCACUUUUUCGUUUUUGUUCUUGUUGGAAAGUUUUUCAGGGACAAAUAGCAUGUUGUGAUUUUGCUUGUUGGUUGGUUUGUUUGUGGUUAUUUGGGCAGCAGUCACAGAAACACACAUGAAGAAAAUGUCCCUGAAACAAGCAUACUCAAAACCUACGGACUAUUUAAAGCAAAGUGCCGCUUUGCGAAGUAGCCUGAAGAAGGCCCUCAUCAUUGAAACCUCUACAGUGGUGCUGAGGCUCCCGGGCGUUGUAAUCAGUGUAGUCAGGAGACCCCACCCGUCUGCCGUCCUCAGAGGAGUAGGACAGGAGCCACUGGCUUCACUGACCCUGAUCAGCUGUCAUCUUCAUUUUGCCUCGGAACCAGGUUUUAUCCUAGGCUGAGUUGGUGGGGUUUUUUUUUGUUGUUGUUUGUUUGUUUUGUUUUGUUUUUCUUUCUUUUUUUUUUCCCUGUAUUUUUAAAGACAGUAAUUUUUGACAGCAUUUAAAGAUACCUAGGCAGGGGGACAUGCAAAAGCAAACCAUCAUCCACUUGGAUGCUGUUUUAUAGAUGAACACUGUGUGCUUUUGUAUGAAAAGAAAAAAAUAAAUAUAUAUAUAUAUAUAAUUUAAUAGUUUGAGAGAGAUAUAUAUUCACUCGCACUCACGCAAAACUAACUUUGUGGCACAAGAUGUCCUGUUUUUUGUGACUUUUGAAGAUGCAUGUGCCGCAUGUCGGGAACCACUCCCAUUGUUGUCCAGCACACCUUUCUCUUGGCCCGUUUGUAAAUUGUGAUGUGGAGUUUGGGGUUUUUUUCGUUGUCGUUGUUGUUGUUGUUGUUUUUCUUGUGUAUGUUUCUGAAGCACAGUAGACUUGUGUGUGUGCUGAUUACUAACGCAUUGAAGCAGACACUGAUUGCCAGUUCCUAUGGUCGGUCACUUCUAUGAAGCAGCAAGGAAUCUCGCCAGUAACCGGUGAGCACACUACAGGAUGCAGCCAGCCUGGAGGCUGGAGGCUGGAGGCUGGAAGCCGGGGCUUUGCUGCAGUUCACUGCAGUGCUGUAUUUUCAUAGAUGUUUAAAAAAAAAAACUCGUAAUGGAACUGCUCUUCUCCUCUGAUGUGGUUUCCAGUUGCUUCUAUCAUUCUUUUUUCUUGAUACUGAAGAACUGACAUGUCAGUGUUUCUCCUACACUUGUUUUUGACUGGCAUCUAGGGUCUGUCACUCACCUGAGUAGACACAGACACUUGACACUCAUGCUUCCCUAGUAACUGUGUGUAUAUUGAUUCUUUUAGAUUAACAACACUGCAUUUUAUCAGCAAUGAAAUUCCCCUUCUCAAAAAACGCUCUUUCCUUUUUCUGUCUGGAAAUGUCUUGUUCAUGUAAAUAUAUGCAAUGAGGUUAAGUUUUUUGAAAUGUAAAAAUAUACUGUGCAGUUCAUGUGUAAGCAAUAAAAUGAAAUCCAAUUA